CACCUCUCACUGUGAUUGGCUGAUGCAUUGAUCCCUCCGCUGCAUGGCUGGAGGUGAAGUGGGUCCGAGUGUGUUGAGUCGCAGUCCUUGUUCCCUCGUCCAAAAUGGCAACCGGUGGACUUUUGACCGUGCGCGCUCGGGUCUGUAAGAGCCUGGCCCACAAGUACCUGUCAAGGACCUACACGUCUCGCCCCUCGCUCAAUGAGGUCGUCAUUGUCAGCGCAGUCCGCACUCCAAUGGGCUCCUUCAAAGGCAGCCUGGCAGCUGUACCGGCCACCAAACUGGGCUCCAUUGCCAUCAAAGGAGCCAUAGACAAAGCAGGAAUCGCUCCUGAGGAGGUGAAGGAGGUCUACAUGGGCAAUGUACUUCAGGCAGGAGAAGGACAGGCCCCCACGAGACAAGCCUUGCUUGGUGCAGGCUUGACCCUCGGCACUCCAGCAACAACCAUCAACAAAGUCUGUGCCUCUGGGAUGAAGUCCAUCAUGAUGGCAUCCCAGAGUCUAAUGUGUGGACAUCAGGAUGUGAUGGUGGCAGGAGGAAUGGAGAGCAUGUCCAACGUACCUUACGUGAUGGCCAGAGAGACCCCAACCUAUGGAGGAGUGAGGAUGGAAGACCUCAUUGUCAAAGAUGGACUCACUGAUGUCUAUAACAAAUUUCACAUGGGAAACUGUGCAGAAAACACGGCCAAAAACUCCAACAUCACCAGGGAGGAACAGGACGCCUUCGCCAUCGGCUCAUACAGCCGCAGCAAGGCGGCGUAUGAGUCUGGCGUGCUGGCCAAGGAGAUUGUACCAGUCAGCAUUCCCCAGAGAGGCAAACCUGAUGUGGUUGUGUGUGAAGACGAGGAGUGGAGGAAGGUCGACUUCAGCAAAGUCCCCAAACUGAGGGCAGUCUUCCAGAGAGAAAACGGCACCGUGACGGCAGCCAACGCCAGUACACUGAACGAUGGAGCAGCGGCUCUUGUUUUGAUGACAGCAGACGCUGCUAAGAGACUCAAUGUCACUCCACUAGCAAGGGUCGUCUCCUUUGCUGAUGCUGCGGUUGCACCUAUUGAUUUCCCCAUUGCUCCUGCAUUUGCUGUACCAAAGGUGCUGGAUGCAGCAGGAUUGAAGAAGGACGAUAUCGCCAUGUGGGAGAUCAAUGAGGCCUUCAGUGUGGUUGUCUUGGCCAACAUCAAGAUGUUGGACAUUGACCCAACAAAAGUCAACGUCAAUGGUGGAGCUGUGUCCCUGGGACAUCCAAUUGGGAUGUCUGGGGCAAGAAUUGUGGGUCACAUGGUGCACAAUCUGAAAUCAGGUCAGUACGGGCUGGCAGGCAUCUGCAACGGAGGUGGUGGAGCGUCAUCUAUUGUCAUCCAGAAGUUGUAGGAACUUGGAAACUUUUCUUAACGAUACACUUAUUGAAGUGUGUGUGUUGAAAAUCUUUAGCUUCCAAAGGUUUAGACACCUGUAAAAUCCCUUUAUACUGUAAAGAAUUCAUCUGUUACAACUGUGGCCUUAAUCACAUAUGACAUCAUGACUCCAAUGUUUAACACUCCUUUGUUUGACAAAAAAUGCGUUAAUAUUUAACUCUGUAUUGAAAUGGUUGAAUAAAUAAUGUAGUUCUUGUGAAACCA